GCUGAGUGGCUGAGUUAUAUUGAAGCCGUGCGUUUCUUGUGUUUUUAAAUACAGAGCUCCGUCUCACUACUGUGCAUUACACGUGUGGUAUUUAGAAAUAUAGACAUGUAUUUUAAAUACAAAAUGUUUUUGUACAUUGUAUAUUUAGUUUUACUUCCAACUGUUUUUUCACAAAUGUCAAGUGAAACAUCAACAUCUAGAAUUAGUGAAAGAUUGGAUAGAAUUGAAGAAAAUGAAGAAGACUUAAGAGCUGCAUUGCGUAAUUUACGAAAGGAUCUGAAAAAAGAAAUCGAUUUUUUAAUAGAGGACAUAUCUACGCUUUCUACCAGGCUUACGGGAUCUUCAGGACAGGUGGUAAGCCAUAACGAAGAACAAGUUUCUAAAACACAACAUGCGUCGUGUGAUUGUGGAGUUAUUGUGAGUCAAUAUGAAAAUUUAAUGAUGGCAUUUAAGAGAGAAAAAUCCGCAAAUAUAUUGCUUCGAAGGGAAUUUCACGAAAUGAGAAAACAACAUGAUUUUGAAAUCGGAAAUGUCAGCGAAAAGUUUAUUAACAUGGAUUCUAGAUUAAACAAUGCGGAAAAGACAUUACGUUUAGAAAUUGACACCAUUAAAAAUGAAAAAAUGGCGCAAUUACGUUCAGAAAUAAACACAAUUAAAGACGAAACGAAUGCAGAAUUUCAAGAAAUGAAAAAACAACAGGAUUUUGAAAUUGGAAAUACCAGCGAAAAAUGUAACAAAGUAGAAACAAGAUUAAUUAUUGCGGAAAAGACAUUACGUUCAGAUAUUGACAACAUAAAAAAAGAAACCAUGGCGAUUAACCAUAGAUAUGCUGCGUGUCAAACAUAUAUAAAUAACACGCUUUCUAACUUCACCGACGUGAUAAUUCAUUUAAAUGAGUUAUUGAUGAACUGUUCAUUGAAUACAUUACAGGAAAUAUCUCGGAUAACAUCAGAUACUGCCAAACUUAAAACGUCGAAUGAAAUCUUGAAAAACAUAACAGAUAAUUUAAUUCGGCAUCCAAUUCUCAUCCCUUCUAAAUCCUGUGACAGUGUAGUUAAGAGUGGCGAAUAUACAAUAUAUCCCGAUGCGUUUCCACAUGGCGUGAACGUUUAUUGUAAUUUGGACUCCACGAACAAAGGGUGGAUAGUUGUACAGAGGAGAAACGACGGUUCAGUAGAUUUUAAUCGCACUUGGGCAGAUUACAAAUCUGGCUUCGGUGACUUAAGUGGUGAACUCUGGCUGGGUAAUGACCAUAUCUACCAGCUGACUAUAAGGACAAACCGAGACAGCUGAGGGUUGAGAUGGAGAUGUUCAAUGGAACAAAGCGAUAUGCGCUGUAUUCUGAGUUCAAGAUAUCAUCAGAGUCUGAGAAGUAUAAGCUCCAUCUGGCUGGAUACACUGGGGACGCAGGAGACUGUAUAUUAAUGGAUUGUUAUGGACAUGGUUAUGGUCUUCACAACGGUCGGCCGUUUUCAACUUUCGAUAGAGAUAAUGACCGAUACAGUGGUUGUUGUGCAUGCCGCUAUGGGGGAGGUUGGUGGUUUGAUGACUGUUUCAGCGCACAUCUUAACGCAGACGUUUUAAGCCGCGUGAAAAGUAUUGCACAUAUAUCGCAAAUUGAUCUUCACAUGUUUUGGUCCUGCUUACUAAUUUAAUCACCCCUGAAGUGUAGUUAAGUAUAGUUACUUUCAUGAAGAGGUGUUAUUUACGUGUUGGGGACAGAUAGACGGAAGAUUUAAGACCCUUUGGUGCGACAUCAACAGGGACUUAAACGUAACAGUCGCCUUAAAAAUGAAUGUUUCAGAAGUACCCAAAGCAUGCCGUUGUUGUAUUGCUAUCUGAUAACUGAUAUAUCUUUAUUACAAUGAAUUGUGUUGAUGUGUGAAUUACACAUCUAAAGCGCAAAUAUCUGAUACACCAUUUAGUUCAUCUGAGCACGAGGUGCAAAUAGUGAGCAUUUGUAAUCAGUCUGGGUCAGCGUUUAGCUCAUCAUUGCACUUUUGGCCACUUUUGAUCUAGUGUUGAUGGAACUUGGCCAGAUUACUAAACGUGAAAAUAUCCAGGCUCUGUUCAAAUUCUAGGUCUAGUGUACGACUCAAUCUUAAUAAAACUUUGUCAGAAAUGUUAUAUUAAAAUAUAUAUGCAAAGUUUUAAUCUAGAUCACAUGCGUCUAAAAACUAAGUCACCAGGUCAAAUCUGAGAAAACCUUCGUUACAUAUAUAAAGCCUCAUUUAUUUUCAAUCUUGAUAAGACUUUGACAGAAUGUUUUCUUGAAAAUAUGUAGACCGAUUUCGAAUCAGGGCUACGUGCGCAUGAAAAUUAUGCCAGCAGGUAAUAUUUUAGAAAAACCUUUUUACCACUGAAGUAGCAAUCAUUAUGACUUAAUGUCGAUGAAACUUAAUCACAAUUGUCAUCAUCACAAUAUGUAUUACAAGUUUGACACUACGUGACCUGCAUAAAAGAUCUAGGUUACUAGGUCAAAUCUAACUAGAACCAUGUUACCAACAUGUAUGCCUAAAUCUGUUUAAAAUUUGACCAGAUUGUUUAUCAAUGUCUAGGCCAAGUACGAAUCUGGUUGGCGUGCAUUUAAUGAUCGGGUCACGAGGUCAAAUAUGUAUCCACUUUAGAUGCUAUAUGUCAUCUAUAACAUAAUGUUGAUAAAACUUUGUCAGGGCGCUUAACGUCAGAAUAUAUAGACCGAUUUUGAAUCUGGGUCAAGUUUCUCCAACAUCUUGGUCAUCCGAUCAAAUCUUUAAAAAACAUUGUAACCUCUCAAGAAACCAAAUGUAUGACCUUGAUGAACCAUGGACAGAAUAUUUCUUUUGACAAUAUGUAGACCAAGUUCAAAUCUCGGCCAUAUGUGCUUUAAAUAAGGUCACCAGGUAAAAUCUCAGAAAACCAUUAUAACCCUUGCAGAAGUCACAUGCAUGACUCAAUCUCGAUUAACCCAUUUAUGCAUAGCGUCUAGAAAAAAGGCCUUGGCAUACAGCGUAGACCCAGAUGAGACGCCGCAUGAUGCGGGGUCUCAUCAGGGUCUGCGCUAUUUGCUUUAAGGAAUUUCUGUAAGAAAUAUUCUAAAUAUAGAAAUAAGUAUACUAGACAUCCCUAAUUUUGGAAAUAAAUUGAUCAAAUUUAGAAGGAUGGGAGAGUCUACUAGACAUAAAUGGGUUAAACAGGGUAAAAUAUGCUGAUCCAUAUCAAUGCCAUGUUUGACAAGAGAGGUCAAAGGUGUACCUUGAUAACAGGUGAGCGUUUCAAUGCCAUAAUUGACAUCAUGUUUUUACUUUGUAUUUAACUAGUAUUGGUAUAUAAUCAAAUGAUAUUUGUCCAGACAAUAAAUAUAUUUAAGAU